CCCCUUUGCACCAGUUCAGGUUUUUCGUGGCACGUUAGUGGGUUGCUGAUCAUGGCCGAGGAGACAGCAGCUCUUUCGACUGAGAAAACAGAGGAUACAUCCACUGCUCCUUCAACUUCUGCAGAAAAGGCUGAUGGAAUUGACAUAGACACUGAAGCAAAGAGAUUGAUGGGUGCUGGCCAAAAGCAUCUUGUCAUGAAGGAUGUGCGUUCUGCUGUGAACUUGUUCCAGGAAGCCAGCAGCCUUCUUGCAAAGCAGUAUGGGGAGACUGCAGAUGAAUGUGCCGAAGCCUUCUAUUCAUAUGGAAUGAGUCUACUUGAACUUGCACGACUGGAGAAUGGUGUUUUAGGAAAUGCAUUGGAGGGAAUGCCAGAGGAUGAUGAGGAAGAAGCCGAAAAAGAGGAAGAUCCCAACAUUCCAAGUGCAGAUAACUUAGAUGAGAAAGAAAGGGAGCAGUUGAGAGAACAGGUUUAUGAUGCAAUGGCUGAAGAUCAGAGAGCCCCAGACGAUACAUCGGAGUCUGAAGCAAAGGGGAAGCCUGAAGGUGAUUCAAAGGAUAAGGAAGCUGAUGAGAAAAUGAAGAAUGGGCAGAAGGAAACAGAAAAAGUAACUGAUGACCUGAAAAUCGAUAGUGCAAGUCGGGAUGUCCCAAUGGAUAAAUCUGGGAAAGGCGAACCUCCUGAGAGCAAAGAUGCAGAAACUCUUGUGGAGCAGAAAGAGAGUAAGCCUGAAACACUCAAAGAAAAGAGCAUUGAAACCAAAGAAAAGGAUCUGUCUAAAGAAAAAACUGAUGCCAAGGAAACGGCAAAUCAGUCUCCAGACUCCACAGAAGUAGCUGAAGAGAAAAUGGAUUCUGAAGCUUCAGAAUCCAAAGAAAGUACAAGCAUACCACCAACUGAAAAUGAAGCAAACAAACCUGAUGAUCCAGAAAAGAUGGAGGAAGAAGAGGAAGGUGAAGACUCUGAAGAAAAUGAGGAUGGAACUGAAGAAAAUGAAGGCACUGAAGAGAAGGAAACUGAAGAGGAGGAUGUUGGAAAUCUACAGCUAGCAUGGGAAAUGCUGGAUCUGUGUAAAAUCAUAUUCAAAAGGCAGCAAUCAAAAGAAGCUCAGCUUAAGGCUGCUCAAGCGCAUCAAAAACUAGGAGAAGUUUGCAUUGAGUCAGAGAACUAUUCUCAGGCUGUUGAAGACUUCUUAGCCUGCCUCAAUAUACAGAAAGAACACUUAGAAGAGCACGAUCGUCUACUAGCAGAGACUCAUUAUCAUCUAGGUUUAGCUUAUCAGUACAGCAGUAAACAUGAAGAGGCAAUUUCUCACUUUACCCAGUCUAUUGGAGUGAUUGAAAAAAGAAUGGAUGUGCUCACAAAACAAUUGGAAGCAUCUGUAGGCGAGCUUGUUGAUGAAGUCGAAAAGGAAAUGGAUGAAUUAAAAGAUUUGCUUCCUGAUAUCAAAGAGAAAAUAGAGGAUUCAAAAGAGGCUCAGAAAAAUGCAACAGUUACAGAAAAAGCACUUAAAGAAACUUUGGUUGGUGGAUCUUCUGGCUUCUCAAAAGAAAAUGGAAGUACUUCAUCUUCUUCUGCUGUAGAAAAAAGUGGGGACAGUACUGUACCAGUCACAAACUGUGUAUCGGACAUUUCUCAUCUUGUACGAAAAAAGAGGAAAACUGAAGAGGAGAGUCCCCUUAAAGACAAAGAUGCAAAGAAAUCUAAGCAGGAACCAGUUGCAAAUGGAGCAGGGAAUGGAGAUGCAGUAGUACCAACAAAUGAAGAGGCAGAGAAGGCUGAAGAGGCUUCCAUGGAGACUGCUACUGUGGAAUCUACUGCAUGACUUUCGGAAACAUAACACUUUUUUUGUAUAUAAAUGUGUGUGGGAGGGUUUUGUUCUCCCCACUUUGUUGGAAUGGUCUUUUUGUAAAACUAAUAAAGAUGCAAGCUGAAUUU